GAGUAUUCAAGUUUCCAUCAAGCUUUCUCCUUCAUUAACUCCUUUAAUUGAUGUUCACUAUCUAAUUAAUUAAUUUAUGGGAUUUAUUUCAUUUAAGUAAUUUUCAAGAAAACAUUAUCUUUUAUUUUAUUUUUUUUAUAUUUGUUCCCGUGUUCUUGUUGGUCAAACAUUACCAAUUUAUUUAGUCUUCUUUUUUUAUCAACCAAACUUUUUUCUAUUACUUUCAUUUCUUUUUUUCCCCUUUAUUUUCUCCCAAAUCACUGAAGAUUUUCAAUAAAAAGAUUCAAUUUUUACCUGAAUCUCAUCUUUUUAUCACUUACCCACCUAGUUUUUCCCCUCAAUCUUUACUGGGUUUCAUCAAUUCUUAGUAGAAGUAUAAAAAAUACAAGAUUUUGAUUCAUGGGUAAUUGUUGUGCAUCUCCAAAUGGUAGAAAAACCAGCAAAAAGAAGAAACCAAACCCAUUUGCAGCUGAUUAUUCAGUAAAUCAUAGAUCUGAGAUUGACACAAAACUCUUCGUUUUAGAAAACCCCACAGGGCGUGACAUACACGCGCACUAUGAUCUUGGUAGAGAGCUUGGAAGAGGUGAGUUUGGGAUUACUUAUUUGGCUACAGAUUUAAACACCGGUGAAAAAUUUGCUUGUAAAUCAAUCUUGAAAAAGAAGCUUAAAACUGCUGUUGAUAUUGAGGAUGUAAGAAGAGAAGCUGAAAUUAUGAAGCAUUUACCAAAACACCCUAAUAUUGUUACUUUGAAAGAUACUUAUGAAGAUGAUAAUGCUGUUCAUAUUGUUAUGGAGUUGUGUGAAGGUGGAGAAUUGUUUGAUAGGAUUGUUGCUAGAGGUCAUUAUACUGAAAGAGCUGCUGCCUUUGUUAUUAAAACUAUUGUAGAAGUUGUUCAGAUGUGUCAUAGACAUGGAGUAAUGCAUAGGGAUCUAAAGCCGGAGAACUUCUUAUUUGCCAACAAGAAGGAAAACUCGGCCUUAAAGGCCAUUGAUUUCGGUUUGUCAGUAACUUUUAAGAAUGGUGAGAUGUUUACUGAGAUUGUAGGGAGUCCUUAUUACAUGGCUCCCGAGGUUCUAAAACGUCACUACGGUCCAGAGAUUGAUGUUUGGAGUGCUGGCGUUAUCUUAUAUAUCUUGCUAUGUGGUGUUCCUCCUUUUUGGGCAGAAACUGAACAAGGUGUUGCACAAGCUAUAAUUCGCUCUGUUGUCGACUUUAAAAGGGAUCCUUGGCCAAAAGUUUCCGACAACGCAAAAGAUCUUGUGAGGAAAAUGCUUGAACCUGACCCGAAGAAACGGCUGACUGCUCAAGAAGUACUUGAUCAUCCAUGGUUGCAGAAUAUAAAAAAAGCUCCAAAUGUCUCCCUUGGUGAAACAGUAAAAGCCAGGCUGAAGCAGUUCUCUGUGAUGAACAAGCUUAAGAAAAAAGCUCUAAAGGUAAUUGCCGAGUUUUUGUCAAUGGAAGAAGUGGCUGGCAUCAAGGAGGCAUUUGAUACAAUCGACACUAGCAAAGCUGGAAAAAUCAACAUGGAGCAGUUAAGGGUUGCACUGCACAAGCUAGGACAUCAUAUUCCUGAUGCAGACCUUCAAAUACUAAUGCAAGCGGCUGAUGUUGAUGGGGACGGAGUGUUGAACUAUUCCGAGUUCCUUGCUGUUUCAAUUCACAUAAAGAAAAUGGCCAAUGACGAGCAUUUACAUCGGGCAUUCUCUUUCUUCGACAAAAACAAGACUGGAUUCAUCGAGGUUGAUGAGUUGAGGGAAGCAUUGAAUGAUGAGGGUGAUGAGGUUUCCAACACCGAGGAAGUCAUCAAUGCCAUUAUGCAUGAUGUGGACACAGAUAAGGACGGACGCAUUAGUUACGAUGAAUUCUCUACAAUGAUGAAGGCCGGAACAGAUUGGAGAAAGGCAUCUAGACAAUAUUCUCGAGAACGAUUUAACAGUCUAAGCUUGAAGCUAAUGAAAGACGGUUCAUUAAUUGCCAAUGAGGUCAAAUAAACCCCAAUGUAAGAUCGAUUUAAGACGAUAAUCCAGUGUAGUUAUUCGUUUUGUUUUGUUUUCGUUUUUUCCAAGGGUUUUACUAGCUAAUCAGGGUAGCUGAUUAUUUUUCGCCACACUCGGAAAAUGGUGUAAUGUUCUCUAAAUAGCUAAUAUGUUGUUUAGAAUUGUGGGUUGUUUCAAUAGCGAACAAAAGAAUAGUGAUUAGGAAGAUAAAACAGGAUUAAGGUUGUGAUUUGUGGUAUUUGUACUUAAGUUGGAAUUUUAAGGUCUCUUUCAAAUUAAGAGAAAUGAUUCCUACUAAGGAAGUGUAAUAGUUUGACACCAUUUAUUUUGGUAGGUGAGUUUACGAUUAUUUCA